AUCCAAAGCUCAAAUAAGCCAAGCACAGCCAGCUGGAUCUAGCACUGGCAUAGUGUUCCAUGGCGCUGGUGGAACCAAGCAAAAUCAAGCGAUGCAGGAGUUUAGGAUGAGAGGCUGCGGGAUGCCUGUCAACGGGCAAUGCGCGCACGUGGUGGUCGAGCGGCUGCCGGACCAGAUUGCUCGGUGCUACUCCAGAAAGAGGAGGAGAGGCAUGUUUGGACACGGAGGUUCGGCCUCUCGGCGAAGGUCGCAGAGCAAAGUCUUGACGCCACUCGAAGCGUCUCUGCCGGUGCCCGGGGACGGCAGGGUCAAGGCUUCCUCCUGUCGGCUUCCCAUGGCGCUGCCCAUGUACUCCAAGGUCGGGGGAGCAUCGUCUGGCGCCGCGGGAAGUGACGGCCGUCCCGGCAAGAGGCAGGGAGCCGAGAACGACGGUAAGACCGUCGGCAAGAUCAAGAUUCGCAGGGUCUCCAAGCCGAGCACCCUGUCGAAAGAGGAUGCGUCGGCCGAUCCUUCGAAGUGGGCCGAGAAAAGCGAUCUCGACAACGAGGAGGUUCGCGACGGUUCGGGGGGUCCCGCCGACAAGUAUGAAAUCGUGUCUGUAGAAAAGAGGGAUGCAACGCCCGGCGGACGUUUGACGGAACGGGGCGACGAGAGUUACAAGGCCAUCGUGGAGGCGUGGCUGAUGAACCAAGCUUGCGGCCCCCGGAGACAGAAGUCGACCGAGCUUCCCAUCACCGGAGAAGAGGACGAGAGGCAUCCGGUGCGGAGAGACUCCAGUUACGCGGAAUCGUGCCUGAACCAGGACACGGAGUCGUACCACUCUUGCGGUCCCAACGUUGAGACGCUGGAGAGCGACCUGUCCCAGGGAACGGAAAUCCACGAUGAUCCUUGUGGCGUCGGGUCCGAGACUGAGAUAGAAGACACCCGGUCGUGCGAGACAGGCGAGAGCGCCUCGAGCGGUCCCGGUUUGACCGUACCUGUAACGGGAGGCAACGCGGGCUCGUCGCCGGGAUCCGAGAGUCGAGACGAGGUCUCCCGGGUAUGUUCGGACACUGUGCGGUCGAUUGUCUCCCAUGCUCGUCCUCGACCGGAGUCUGCUCGCGAUUCUAUGGAGAGCGCUCUGUUGACCUGCCCAGACGGCAGCGAAGAGCAGAAAUUGAGACAGAAUGUGUCUGAGGUAGUGCAGGGAGACGUUGCGGGAUGCGAACGUUCACGGACAACCGCCGGGGAAGUCUGCCUUGUCGCCCUUGUUGAAGAUGACAGAAACGACCGCAAAAGCAUUUCCAUCUGCGAAGGUGCCGAACUGCAGACGCGAGUGGGAGGGGACGAAUGUAGCACAAAUGCCAAAAAGAAGAACCUGGAGAAGGUCCCACAAAUGCCCGCCGUCCAAAACGCUCUGACUCUUCAGCCGCCCGAUUCCACGACGGAAGACGGUCCUAAGGGCUGCGCCGCCGCAUCCAGUGACCGGGACCCCGACUGCUACAUCGUCCCCAACGUGCCCCGACUGAGCGGUGCGUGCAUGGCGGCCGCCAAGGAGCUGGACCUGUUUGCCAACCUGACCAUCCUGGGCUGGGGGGAGGCGUCCUCUCUGGCAGACGAGUACCUGGCCCACCUGGAGCGCUGCCUCACCCUGCUAGACCUGAUGCCUCCCGCCCCCAGGGGCGCCCUGGUCGCGGCCCUGGGCACCAGGGCGGGCGUCCUGCGACGCAUCUUUGCGCGCCUGCGGGCACUUCUGCGCCACUCGCCACACCUGGCCCGAGCCCUGUCAGUGGAGGCGGGCUUCUGCGGCCUGCUGGGCUCCGAACUGCCCCCACACUGCCCCCGGCCCGCCGCCACCUCGGGGGGCCCUGCUGUCGGGUCCCUCUGGAAGCAGCUGUCUUCGAGCGGAGCACCCGGCAACGGCACCGUCCCGCCGUCCCCCAGGAGCGUGUGCGAGCGGGUGCAGUGUCGGGGAGGAGGAGCGACGCAGGCGGGACAGGGUCCAACGGAGGACGGUAGCGGGCGUCCGAAGCACCUCGCCAGCCUCGUGCCCCUCCGGCCAAAAGUCCAGGCGGAACGCUGUCCUCCGGCACUCCCCAAACAGCCUGAGGCGUCUCUCGGUGAUCAGUGCUCGAGGCAGUACAUUAUCUUUGACAAGAUGAAGCAGAUUGCCAACAGUUCGCCAUCUUCUGUGCCCAGUGCUGUUGUGCUUGCCGUCUCUGGGGGAAGCACCGUGGGGGCAGGCAGGCCCAGUCCCUCCCAGACCGUCUCGGGACUUCCAGAGGCCAUCUCGCAGUCCCAGAACAUGCUGCAAAAACUCCGACAAAGCAGUGGCCUCGUCAUCAGUGCGCUCCCUGCCAAAGACCAAAUCGAGAAAAAUGCUGCUUCCUUUGCAAAGAUGCCAAACCCUUUAGGGAGCCAUGACACGGAACGUCCUUCAACAUGUCCCGCCAGGGGUGCAAGUGAAGCACCUCCUUUCUCGGGAGACUGCAAGCGGAGCUCCUCGUCAUCCGUCGGACCGGCAACCACCGCUUCUUCGGGGGUGCAGAGCCGGGUGCACGUGAUCGUGAAACCAGUUCAGCAAGAUACAGCCCAGAAUGCCUGUAGAAGACCAAACAUUCUGUCUACAAGUGUGCUUACGUGUCGCAGCAUUGAACCCAAGCACCACAUCCUUCCCUUUCCUGUGGGAAGCAUGGACAGCAGGCAGCAGCGUGGCGGUGCUGCACCCCAGCUCAGAGUUGGCCAGCCGACGACUAGAGCCCCAGUCCCGAGCAGUGCCGUGUCGUGCAGCGUAAAUAGCACUGUGGUGGCGUCGUCGGCCACCAUGCACCACACAUCGAGCCUCCGGAUGCCGUCGAUCCCAGUUGCAGGCGUGGUCUACUCGACAGCAGCCAUUCCCGAUCCAAGAGUCAAUGGUACAGUCCCAAAUGCCAUCAUUGCGAGCAACGUCUGUUUGCCACUGGUUUCGAUGGGGACCACGUCCGGCGUGAUGACUAUGUCUCCGCGUCUGGCCGUUUCAGGAGCGCAGUCCGGUUCGAACAUCCUUCGGAAUCAUCAGCCACACCCCAACCUGCAGAGGUGCUCGCAAAUUAACGCAAGCGUGCAGCCAAGCCCGCAGUCAAAGCCGGGUUUACAAAACGGCGUGCAUUUGAACCCGGGUUGUCAGCGGAGUGUGCCUCUCUAUUCAGACCCACGAGCGAAUCUAAGUCUGCAGCAAGCUAUGCAGACGGCUCAGGGCGUGCGACCGAGCUUGCAACCGGCUUCGAGCGCCCAACCAGCCUUCCAGCUCCUGCGAGCCUUUCAGACGACUCCGAAUUUCCAAGCGCGGGCGACCCUGUUGCCUCCGGGCAUCAUUCUGCAGAGAGUGCUGCAGCCCGGGCCGGCUCAGGGACAGCGCCCGACGAUGGAGCAGCACGCCCGGCCGGACUGCUACCGGCUGAUAGCGCCGAUGCCCUGCCACGACGAAAGACCCGUGCUCCCAAAGGGGAGCGUGGCCUCAGAGGCUUGCAAGGCCAGCUGCGAGCCGCGGUGGACAACCGUGCCCCCCCAGGUAGCGGCAGUGGCCCUCCAUCCGGUCCCUCCGCAGCUCCUGCUGCCCCUCGGGGUGCCUGCCCAGCACACCCUGGGACAGGUGGAUCCUCUGGCCCAGCUUCGGGGCACGAGGUAGCAGACGACGGGGCUCUUCCGGAGGAUGGCGGGACCCGCACCCUUUCUGCCACAACCAGGGGGGCCUGGAUGGUGUGCGUCAUACUGCGCCAGUUUAAACUGCGGAUUUUUUUUGUGUUGUGUGUAGCCCUCCCCCCCUAGGCUGUCCGUCGCUUUGGGGCUCUCGCUUUCCAGAGUGGUUUGUGUACGAGUCCCGCAAGUUUUAAUUUAAGUGAAUGUUUUUUUUAGAGACCUCGCUCUGAACGUUAAUACUUUAUCGUUUACAUUACAUACGUGGUUCGGGGCGUGCAAUACCCAAUCUUGUUUGUUCACAGAUGUGUCAUCUUGCGGAAGAGCUUCUAACAUACCGUGUAAAUAUAGAGAACUACUGCUUUAGCUUGGUUGCUACUGUUUUUAAGUUGUGGACCACUUUUAUUGAAAAGCAACUUGCGUUGGCACUUUUUUGUCGAAAAAGUUUUGGCACUUCUAUUGCUGAGAAAAUUUUGAACACAUCUGUUACCGAGAAACUUGGCAUGAACCAUCUCGUGUGAGUGACGCGUCUUACGCCGACAAAUAUUCCAUCAAGAGGCCAGUUAUUGUUUAUAGUUUUGCAAACAAAGGUGACAAGACGUGCCACCAUGGAGAGGAACCGCAGAGCACAGUACGAGCAGUUGCCACAGUGUGGCUCUCGUGAACUGGGAACUCUAAGAGGUAGCUUUGGCCAGGAGUCAUACUUGUUGGUAGAAACUUUGCAGCUAGGAGCCAGCCGAAAACAAGAUGCUAUACACAAUUAGUGGUUCUAAAAUAGUGGUCGGCAUUCAGUCAAUGACCCUGCGAAAAUGAAAUGUGCUCACCAGAAAGAAAAAUAAAUCGCAUACAAGCAUUCUUUGGACCUUGUAGAAUGACGGGGUCUCUGCCGCCCCUCCACAUCCUGCGAGAGCCGGGGAUGUCAGUUUUGCGCGUAAAGGUCGGCCGAACACUGGUCGCUCGUCUACUUUUGCUCGUUGGCCUGGUUUUCGCGUGCAAUAUUCUGCUCCAAUUUAUAUUGAGUGCUGAGCUUGUCUUUGUAUGCAUCAAACUAAGCAAUAGCUAUAUUAAUCGAAUUGAAUGGGCUUGAUCGAUUUUCUCUGAUUUAUGCGACGCUUUGACUGCCAGUUUCGAAGGCCUAACGCCGACAAGGUGAACGAAACCAGAGCACUACGGAAUCAAACUGAAUGUAUUUCAACCUCGCUUCAACGUAUGGUGUGUCUUACGGGAUGGCGACGGAGGAAACACGUAAGCAGGGAUGAUAGAACUACGGUACAAUGGACUGCAGUGAAUACCACGAGCCAUCCCAGUCAAUUCGGCGCUGUGAACGUACCUCGCGACCGUGGAUGCCACUGUACCCCUCGCAAAACUCGCAUGAUACUCUCGUGGCGUUCAAGUGGCUUCGAUGGCUUGUAGCAUCUUCUGUGGUCCAUCAUAAGGUGAAACAAAGUAUAGAAUUUUCUCCAGCUUUUGGACAAAUUCACCCCAAAAGUGCAUCCCCUCCCUUCCACCCCUGGUGGCUCCCCGGAUGAUCGUUUGUGGCUCUUUAGCCAUGUUGGUUGGUCACCCUGGCAAUGUACCGGUGUCAUUCUUUUGGCUGUGCAUGUUUGAUAUCGGUGUCCAUGUUUGUCCUGUACUCGAAACCAAAGAUGAGCGGCAAUGUGUAACCUUGUGCGAGGAAAUAUUUUGUAGGUGAUGUAACUGGGAUGAAUCUCGUUCCCUUCUCCUCAACUGUGAAAUAAAAAAGAUUGCCUCUCAGUUAA